AUGGCAGCUGGGCCGGCGAGAACAAGCACGGAGAACACCGCCAUCAUCAUUCAUUGUUCAUCAGGACUGCUGCGGGAAAGUUCAUCCCUCUUCCUUCCCCUUUCGUUCCCUUUUGGAGAAAACUUAGAAUAGGCCCCCAAUCUCCGACACAGCCGUGCCCCCCCGCCCGGGGCCAAAUGAGCGGCAUGCCAACGCGGGGUUGCAAGCGGACCGGCACUUAAUAUGUCAAGAUUUACAACGUCAUCCACCGUUUCCACUGGGCCAGUUCGAAUCAGACCAGACCAGACCAGACUAGCUGACGGUUUUUUUCUUCUCACUCUCACUCUCAAUCUCUUUCUCUCCUUCUCUCACGCAUACAACCGCCUCUUCGCAAUUGGACGACGGCCAGCGAUCGACCGAUGUCCCCGAGUGACUAGCUAUUCGCGGGAAUUCAUUCAGCCAGCAUGAAUAUGCAUAGGCAUGGGCAGAUUCACUCCUGGCCUACACUACUGCAACCGGCCCUUUUCCCCUCAUUUCCCUGGGCCCAUCGUCCGCAUCAGCACCCCGGGCUCCCAAGAGAUCGAAUGCAACCCAACGAGCAGCGUCAAUGUCACAUGAGAAGCAAAACUGCCCUUCAAUGUCGACAGGCAAGACGAUUACUGAACCUGACGUUGCAUUGUGAAGUGGCCGUUCAGAGUCGUCUUAUGCCUACGUGAGGAACAAUGGGAAUUUGGCCAUUGUAACGAACUCUCGAGCAGUCGGGAAUCAAUGGCUUCUUAAGUAUCUCGGGCUGGGUGAGUGAGUGAGUGAGUGAGGGGUGGCUGAUGUCAAGCCGCAGGAUUCUGCCACCGAGCAUUUCGCCCCUGGAAGAAAUCUAACUUAACCGGACCGAGAUACGUGGCCAAGAGGAAGCAAUGCAGCUGGCAAUAUACCACCAACCUGUAGACUUUCGGAACCAGACAUGUCCCUGCCGCGGGGCGUGGCAUCAUCAAGACAACCCGAGGCCGGCCCUAGCCCGGCCCAACUUGACCUUGCCGGAUGGACGCCCUCCCUCCUGCUCGGCAGCUUGGCUGGACUGUCGGCGGGGUUCCAGCACGUUGAAUGGUACAGAUCGUCAUUGCACGACCGGGCGGGGAAAAGGGGGAAGGGGCGGGGAGAGCUCGUGAGGCUUCAGACCGACAUGCGUGGCGGAGGAUGUAUAAAUAGGACGAAGGUGGCAGCAGGUGCAUGGAGGAGUGUAGCACUGCUCUCUUCCAGCGUCACCUUUCACGACGGCCUAUCCCCAUUGAACCGAAAUGCAUCUCUCCAAGGUGGCAUUCAUCGCCGCGGCGACGACCCUCGCCGCCGCGCAAAACUCGACGGGCCCUCGCCGGUCCCCGGAAUGGGACGCGGCAUACGCCAAGGCCGAGACGGCGCUGCCCCGCCUGUCUCUGGACGAGAAGAUCGGCAUCGUCUCGGGCAUCGGCUGGGGCAAGGGCCUCUGCGUCGGCAACACGUCGCCGGCCUCGUCCAUCGGCUUCCCCUCCCUCUGCCUCCAGGACGGCCCGCUCGGCGUCCGCUACGCCAGCAACGUCACGGCCUUCGUGCCGGGCAUCCAGGCGGCGGCGACAUGGGACAUUGACCUGAUCCGCGAACGCGCCGCUCUCAAGGCCACCGAGGCCAGGGGCGUUGGCGUGCACGUCAUGCUCGGGCCCGCGUGCGGCGCCUUGGGCAAGAUCCCCAACGCCGGUAGAAACUGGGAGGGCUUCGGCCCCGACCCGUACCUCAUGGGCGUGGCGACCAAGGAGACGAUCGAGGGCAUGCAGUCGGUGGGCGUGCAGGCGACGGCGAAGCACUACAUCGCCAACGAGCAGGAGCUCAACCGGGAAACCAUUUCUAGCAACGUCCCCGACCGAGCCAUGCAUGAGCUGUACCUCUGGCCGUUCGCCGAAGCCGUCCGGGCCAACGUGGCUUCCGUCAUGUGCUCGUACAACAAGAUCAACGGCACGUGGUCGUGCGAGAACGACGCCGUAAUGAAGACGCUGCUCAAGCAGGAGCUCGGCUUCCCCGGCUACAUCAUGACGGACUGGUUCGCCACAACGGGCACCGUCAGCGGCGCCAACGCCGGGCUCGACAUGAUGAUGCCCAACGCCAACUGGGCCAACGACCCAGACUCAGUUUGGUGGGGCCCGCGCCUCAAGGCGGCCGUUGAGAGCGGCCAGGUCUCGCUGUCGACCCUCGACGACAAGGUCCGCCGCAUCCUCGCCGCCUGGUACCUCCUCGGCCAGGAUCAGGGCGAAUACCCCCCCGUGAACCUCGCCGCAGAUGUGCAGGCCGACCAUAAGCAGAACGUGCGCGCGACGGCCCGCGACGGCAUCGUCCUCCUCAAGAACGAUGGGGCCGUGCUGCCCCUGAAAGCCCCGCGCAAGAUCGCCGUCGUCGGCUCCUCGGCCGUCAACAACCCGGACGGCAUCAACGCCUGCUACGACCGCAGCUGCAACACGGGCACGCUUGGAAUGGGUUGGGGAUCAGGAACCGUUGACUACCCGUACCUUGUAGCGCCGCUGGACGCGAUGCAGGAGCGGGCGGAGCGGGACGGCACCGAGGUGGUGGCGAGCAGCACGGACGACGGGCCGCAGGGGGCGGCGGCGGCGGCCGGCGCGGACGUGGUAUUCGUCUUCGUCACGUCGGACUCGGGAGAAGGCUACAUCAAUGUAGAUGGCAACCCUGGAGAUAGACUCGAUUUAAAUCCCUGGCACGGAGGCAACGAGCUCGUGGAAGCGGUGGCGGCGGCCAACGACAACGUUGUGGUGGUGGUUCACAGUACCGGGCCCGUCAUCCUCGAAGCCAUCCUAUCGCAACCGGGCGUCAAGGCCGUCGUGUGGGCCGGGCUCGGGUCGCAGGAGACGGGCAAUGCGCUCGUCGACGUGCUCUGGGGCGCGACGAACCCCAACGGCAAGCUGCCGUACACCAUCGGCAAAAGUGCCGCCGACUACGGCACCGCCGUGUCCCAGACGACUGAAGACAAUUUUGGAGGCGAGGGCAUCUUCAUCGACUACAGGCACUUUGAUUUCUUUGGCAUCGAGCCGCGGUACGAGUUUGGUUUCGGACUGUCGUACACCAACUACACGUACUCGAACAUCGGCGUCACGUCGACGGCGAAGGCCGGCCCCGCGGUCGGUCAGGUGGUGCCUGGCGGGCGGGCGGACCUCUUCGAGAUCGCGGCGACGGUGACGGCGACGGUGACGAACACGGGCGGUGUGGCGGGCGCCGAGGUGGCGCAGCUGUACAUCACGCUGCCGUCUAGCGCGCCCGAGUCGCCGCCGAAGCAGCUCCGCGGUUUCCAGAAGCUGCGGCUUGGCGUCGGCGAGUCGGGCACGGCGACGUUCCACCUGCGGCGCAAGGAUCUGAGCUACUGGGAUGUCGGGCGGCAGAACUGGAUCGUGCCGAGCGGCGCAUUCACAGCGAGGGUUGGGGCGUCGAGCCGUAAUCUCCCGCUGGAGGAGACGUUUGUUGUGUCGUCGUGCCAGUCGGCGCGUCUGCGGUGAGGGCGCGGGGUGUCGAGCAGAGGUCUCGGGGGGUGUUGGGUUCCGUAGCGACAUGGUCUGACUUGUAGUAGCCGCCCACCCAACGACUAGAGGUGAUAUACAUGGCUGAAAAUGAACUUGAUGAACCUUGGCCAUACGCACUGCACAACAGAAUGUUUUCCGGACAGAAUCCCUCACGUGAGACAUCGUGUCUCGUGAGUCCGCUGCGCAAACAAGUUUCACUGCGGUCCGAAUGACACGCAUCGUGGCUUGGCGGAAGAUGACGCCGAAGUCCGGGGCUUCGCGUUCGGGAAUGUGGGCGAGUAUCCGGUCGACCAUCCCUGUCCUGUAUAGCGUGCGGGGCCGGAGCGAGGGUCGUGCUCGGGGAGCGGGGAGCAUACAGGCAGAACAUGUUUCGAUUCGUUCUAGAAGGAAGCGGGGUGGGCGCAUCUUCCGGGAAGAAUGGAACAUUGAGACCGAACCGGGCUCAUGCCUGUCGUGAGUCAGGGCGUGAACAGAGGAAACCCUGUG